AUGGAGACUCCAGAGUUGGAAGAGCAAGCCUUGGAUCUCUCCUUCGAGCGCUUCGCCGCCCGGAACGAGAACCCGCAGGGCCUGGGCUUCGAGCGCCUCAAGGUGCUGCUGGUUUCUGGAGCAUCUCUGACCACAGAGGACCUGGCGAAGGUCCUGACUGCGGCGCCAUCCUUAUGGAAGCUGGAUGCCAGCCACUGUGGACUUUCGGCGUUGCCCGAGCUGGAGCUUUGGAAAAGGAUGGUGAACAUCAAGACGCUUUUGCUGCACAAGAACCUCCUGGCCAAGUGGCCGGACGUGGAAUGCGCCGCGUCGCCCCGGAACCUCGAAUGGCUUUCCCUCUAUGGGAAUCCCAUCACCAGUCAGCCCGAAUACCAGACCCACGUGCUGAGCCUGGCAAGCUCACUGGUGGCCUUGGAUUUGCGGGUGCUCACGGACGAGGAGCACCUGGCAGCACAACGCCCCUCCGAGAGCAGGCCAGCAGGCGCGGCCGGCAGCUUCCGGCGCUUCGCGGCCAACAGCGAGGCCAGCGCCAUCCUCUUCCGCGAGAAGCCUCCCGAGCACCGGCUGCUGGCGCAGGAGCUCUUGCGCGAGGCUGCAGAUGAGCUGAAGCAGCUCUACCAAAAGUCAGCCUACUGCAGUGCUGCCUUUGCCAUCCAGGGCGGCUGGCGCGUCUACAAGGCACGCUCCUUGAAAUUCAGCCUCAGCGAGACCCAACGACUCAGUGCCAUCAGGCUUCAGAAGUGUGCGCGGAAGUUCCUCUGGAAGCGCGCCAUGCAGACGUACGUGGAGAACUUCCUGGCCGAAGAAGAGGGGCUCGAUCUGCUUCUCAGUGCACAGGAGAUGCUGACCUUGAGAGCUUCGAAGCUCAUCGAGCUCUCGGUGCGGCGCUGGAUUCGCCGUCGGAAGAAGCGGCAAACGGUGCGCGAGGCAGCCACCAUCAUUGCGCGGCACGUGAGGGGCUACCUGACUCGGUGUAAGCUCUUGCGGAAGUUCCUGAAGCUGGAUACGUACAAGCGCAUCUAUUUCCCCGCCUCCUGCAAAUGGGAGGCCAUUGUGCUGCUCAACGUCGCCCGGGCUGCGUGCGAUAUGCCGCCUUUGCCGAGAGAACAUCAGUUUGAGGCUUCCGAUGUCAUGGCGAUCAGAAUGGUGGACAGUUCGGAGAUGCCCAGAGCCAAGUCGGAGGUCUCCAGGUUGUUGGCCUUCAGGAACUUCAGCUUGCUUCGGCCAUGCCACAGUGGGCGAUAUCCCAGCCACCUGUGGGAUGGGCCCUUCCACCGGCUGGUGCCCGGUGGAACUCCUGAGCGUUUCCUGCAGGCCUAUGGCCAUGUACGUCGUCGAGCUGCGAUGGUGGACAACAUCUGCCGCAAGGUCUUCUUGGCCUCCUGCGCUUGUGGACCCCACCCCAUUCAGGAUGCGCCCUACGAGGAAGGGCCCUUCGUGGUGCGCGAGACCAAAGCGCCAGACUUUCGGGAGCUUUACCGCUUUGGCAAGCUGCUGGGCGAGGGCGAUUUCGGCAUCGUCUACACCUGUGAUGUGAAAAUGAGUGGCUCUGCCUGGGAUGAGGAGCUCACGCGCGAGGCUGAGGCUCGACAGAACCGUGAGGAGGCCCUGAAGAAUCUCAACGCCGCCCAUGGCAAGGCGAUGAGUUUGCCGCAGCUCCUCCACGAGCAACGGCAAAAGCAGCUUCAGCAGAUGGAGCAACGACGGCAGCGGCGUGGACACGAACCUUCGAAACCGGACCUGCCGACCUCGGGGUUGGUGGUGAAACUCGUGGAUCACGCCACAAGCUGGUGGGGCAGUCUGGCCAACUCCACGCUGAAGAAGUCCCACCGGGGCAAAUCGUGGCUGCUCCUCUCGCAGGAGGUGAAGAAGCUCUCUCAGAUGAGCCACCAGAACUUGAUCAAGACACACACGGUCUUCGUGGAUGACUACUUUGUGUAUUUUGUCAUCUCCAGGUAUCCCUGCAGCUUGCGGCAAGCCGUGCUCACCGCCAGCAAGUUCUCUCGCAGAGGAUUACCGGUGUCGACCGCGGCCUACACAGCAGAUCAGCUCUUGUCAGCGUUGGCGUAUCUUCAUGCAAAUCAUGUGGCGCAUCGCGGCAUUACGCCGGACAACUUGGUGGUGACCACCUCCGACAUAUUGAAGGAAAAGUUCACGCUGGUGAUUGCAGAUCUCUACUCGACGGCCCGAAGCGUGGAGGCGGGUGCCUUCCUGACCGAAGUCAUUGGAUCGCCGGAGUAUUGGGCGCCGGAGGUUGCAGAAUGUGAGUACAGCUAUGCGGCUGAUGUGUGGGCCGCUGGUGUGGUCCUGUGGUUUGCGCAAACCAAGAAGCUGCCCUUCAACAGUCUGCAAAAUGUGCUGACCAGAGAUGUGGAGCCCAAUGUGAAGAUCAACCGAGAGGUCUUCGAGUCCUUGGAGUCCAUGCUCUGCCGUGAGGUGGCGCGGCGCGUCUCGGCCGAGGAGGCGCUGAAACACGACUGGCUGCGUGAGAGCCAAUUUGGACCCAGCCAUCAGAUCAGCCGACGUGGAGCAGUGAACAAUGAUCUGAGCAGCAGUCAGAAUGUGAAACGACUGGAUGCCGAGGAGCAGGAAGAGAGUGAGGAUGACUCCGAUCAAUCCAGCACUGCCUCCAGCAUCCUCUUUCCCACACGUGAUGUGCGCCCUAUUAAGGAGCGGAACGCUGCCAAGAAGAAGCUGCUCCGUCGUCAGAGCGCCACCGACUUCCGAACGCUGUCGAAGCAGCCCAUGGACAAAGAGCCAUCCAACUGGGGACGUGCCAAGCAAGCAGCACGGCGCCUGCCCCAGAAGAAGCAGAGGGCCGACGAGCGCUUCGCCCUGGGCGAGAAGGUCACGGUGAGCUUCGACAUCGCCAUACAAAGGUGUCGUGAACUCAUGGGCGGCUCCCUGGAGCCCUUCGUGUCAUACGAGUGGUGGAGCGAGGAGCGAUGUCAGAGGAUGGGUUUGGAGAUUGGUGAUCCACCGUGCCUCUCUGGCUGGUGGCAGCCCGCCUCUAGUCGCGGGGGCAUGAUCUACGUCUGCCCCGCGUCCAUGGCCGACCUGGGCAAGAUCCUGGAAGCCGCUGCACCGAGCUUAUUGGAGGCUCCAGCGAAAGGCUUGGAGAAUACACUGCUGCGUCCAUACUACUUUGGAGGGAAGUCCGAAUAUAUGGAUGAGCUCUUCACCCAGCUGAAAGAAGGUCACUGCCGCUUGUGUAUGGAAGGUGGACGCCUGUGCAGGGUCAUGGAUCUCCUCGUCUUGCGCGUGCAGUCGGGUGGCAAGUACUUGAUUGGCGGCGAGAGGAUCUACAGUUGUCCAGAGAGCCGUGAGGCGGCGCUGGAGCGCUGCACCGAAGAGCUCGACAGCGACGGGGAGCCUCCCACCGUGCUGGGCGGAGCCGGGAUCACUGCUGCACAAGUCAUGGUCAUGAACCUCGAAGAGCAGAGAGCGAAGCCGAAGAAAGAGCAGCAGGAGGAGAACCCCUUGGACACUCCUCGAAAUUGGCGAUUUCCGACGGUGGCGCGGCCUCUCGGAGGUGCAGGCGUCGGUCGCUUGGGCGGUCUGGACGAGCUGCGCCAGGCUUUUGAUGCCUUGAUCGCGGAGCAAUUGCGAACCAAACCUGAUGCGCUACAUGUCUUUGAUUCAUGUGCCUCCGUGGAGGUGGCCUAUGAGAGGACUGAGUCGGAGGAAUUUCCAGGCAUCAUCGACCUUCAUCGUCGACACUUCUUCGAUGCUGUGGUGAACGAAGAGGCUGGACGAUCGAAGCUGUCUCAGAUUGGCUUCCCGGGGGAGCGGCCUUUUCACACCUCGACGCUGCCGGCGGAAGAUGUUCUUUGGUGCUGGGCGGAGGAGGCCGAUUGUGAACGCUUGGGCGUCCAGGUGCGGGUGGAUUUGGACGAGGACCCCGAGGCAGAUGAGAUGCUGCGCGCCUUCCGAGCGAUCCCCGCCAGCAAGUUGCGCGGGAAGCCCUUGGAUGAUCUCCUACGAAAGUACGGCUUUCUGCGUUCCAACGCCGCCGUGUCACAGAAGCCCUUGCGCACGGUGGCACGCUUUGCUGGCGAAGUGGCGCGGGGCCAGCUGCGGCUGUGGGAACGCAAGUCGCUCAAAGCACGAGAGAGCUCGGAGCUCUUUCCCGGGCUGAGCCAAGAUGGAGGGGAACUCUUGCCGGAGCUCCAGCCGAGAUAG